GAUUGCCCCGUGGCAUUGUGCAAUACGGGCUGGUUUGACAGGUACCAUCCGAGAAGUCCCGCUGCUUCAGAUCAGAUCCAGCAUCCCACUUGCCACGUGCCGAUUUGCGGAGACACCGUGUUGCACACGCGUGGCAGGUGGCAGCCAAACACGCCAACAAACCUUUGUCGCAGCCGAUUGCUCAAACGCACGCCACUUCCUCCAGAGGGCGAAAUGACCGAGAGGGACUUUCCGCACCCCCCGACCUAGAACUGUCCUCACUCCUCCCCCAGCUGGCCGGCAACCCGUGAUCAUAGGGACCCACGCCAGCAAUUGUAGCUGCCGCUGUGGACCGGCGUCGAGUUGGCAGGCCCUUCGAGCUCGGCCGCAUCCGUCCUCCGCUCAGCGGCACGAUACCAUACAGCUAUGGAUGAAGCGUUGGAGACGCCCUCCGGCGCUGCAGCAGCCUUUGCUGCCGCAGCCGGCGGAGCAGCCCCUCCGUUCGUCUCGGGCUUGUUCUCCUCCGUCGAGACCAUCUCGCGUGCCACUUCACCUGGUCUCCCGUGCCGCGAACAGCAGGAAGAUGACAAGAAGCGUUACCGCCCCCGCACCUUCAGCUACUUCCGGCUGCUCCCCUUCGAAGUUGAGGAUGACGCCCACCGUGACGCUGCGCUGCGCGGGAUCCUCAAGAAUCUGUACAUCUCCAUCAUGGCCGAAGAUUUCUCUCCCGGUGCUCUACACUGGACGCGCGAGCUUCAGGGUUGGUUGAAUCUCAAAUUCGAGAUGACAAGGGACCUCCGCGCACGCCUAGCGCGCUUGUACUACCAUCUUGCUCUCGCCCCCGGUCUCGAGAGCAAUACGGCGGACCGGUUUGCUCGAAUGGUCAUAACUCUGACGAGAAAGAAACACUACCUGAAGCCUGGCGAAGAUCUCAUCCUCGACUGGCGGCCGUUGUGGAAGGAAAUAAAGGCAUUGGUCUUCCCGUCAGAGACCCCUCUCCAUCAAAGUUCGCGCAGAAGGGUGCAAAAGCACCUCCUUAAGCUCUGCCUGCACGCCAGCUCCUACUUCGACCCCAAGGAGCGACGGGCCAUCCUCGAGGAGGUGCUCCCUUUCUUCAGCACCUCGGCUGCCAUCUCGAACGCCUACAUCGUGGUUGGUGUGCUCAAUGCAAUGUUGCCCACCGGUCCUGCGCCUCCUACCGAGCCUCAAUCCCAGCCCUCGGACUUCGUUCCGACCUUUUUCCACUUGUGGUCUCUCAUGGCCCGGUCCAAGGCGUUUGACGUCUGUUUCAUUGACAUAUUCUCGCGCAUGGCUCGGGACUACCUUGGUUGCACGCACGUUCCCUUCACGGAACACGGCAUCUUCACCCGCGAGCAGUCCGACCUCAUCUUCACCGCCAUCCUGAGGCUGACCGAGAUUCCCGUCGGCCAGGCGAACUCGCCCUACACCUCGCUGGAUUACGCCUCGGGGCUGGGCGUCUACCUCGACAAGGACAGGAAGAAGUACCCCGUCCCGUACAUGGCUGCCCGCUGGAUUGCGCAUUCCUUGUCUCCCCUCUGCCUCAAGCAGGAGAGCUCCGUUCUCGCCAACCUCGAGGGCCUGAUGGAGUCCAUUGACACGUUCUUCCACCCGUCGAAUCAGGGGCCGUGGACAGGCUUCUUGGCGCAAUUGACCUUUUUCCUGACCGACAUCUUCGUCUCGCGCUGGAACCGUGAACAGAGUGGCGAGCUGGACGUGCCCCCGGAGCGCCGGAUCAAUGACGAGCUGAAGAAGCGUUUCGUCCUGGCGCUGAAGGAAGUAACCUUCAUGGGACUCUUCGCCAAGAGCUCCAAAGCCGUCAAUUACUACUACUCAACCCUCCAGGGCCUUGCCUACCUUGAGCCGGACCUGAUGCUGCCCGGCGCCCUUCAGCGAUUCUAUCCCAGUCUUCAAGGGCUCGUCGAGGUCCACCGGACGACCUCGAGUCUCUGCGGGCUGCAGAUGAUCGCGAACAUUAUGUCAAAACGGAAGGGAUACCGGUGUCAUAUUACUGCCUUGCUGGCGCUGGCGCUGCCCGGGAUUGAUGCGAAUGAUCUGGGAAAGACGCAGUACACUCUCAACUUCAUACAGAGCGUUGCUUACAGCAUUCCCUUUGUGCCGCUGGUGCGCCAGGGCGACAACAUCCACGACACGAGUCUUGCCAUGAACUGGGUACAGGGCGAGAUGGAGAGGAUGGAGCGCGAAGGGCAGGAUGUCAAGAUCUGCUACGACCAAGAGCUGUCGGACGAGGACGAGGCCAACAUCUUGCGCUCGUCGACUGCCGGGCUCGGCGAGUUCGUCCUGGCGCUGCUGGGGAAGGUCUUUGCCCUGCUAGAAAACCUCCCGGAUGCCAGCCACCUCCGCACAGGCUCGCCCGAGGACAAUGUCAUCAACACGCUCCCUGCGGCUCUGACGCCCCUGUUUGCAUCUCUCUCGCCAGAACUCUUCGACAUGGCGCUGGAGAAGCUGGCGGCGUUUGUGUCCAGCCACGUGGUCCACCAAGCCCGGGAUGCAAUGGCAUGGAUCUGCAACGCGCUCUGCAAGGUCAACCCGGAGAAGACCCUGAAGGUUUUCAUCCCGAUGCUGAUAGUCAAUAUCCGCAACGAGAUUGACUACAACGGCGCAGCCUCGGACCGCAGCAGCGGCACUGAGGUGCUUCCCCGGGACCGGGCUCUUGUUUGGCACGUCAGCAUGCUGAGCAUGUGUGUCGUCCACGUCGGUGCCGAGGUCUUGAGGUACAAGUCGGAGCUCUUCGGUAUCGCCGAGUACAUGCAGGAGAAGUGCCGGGGUUUGCCCACGAUCCACAUCUCCAACUACAUCCAUCACUUGCUCCUCAACUUGACGCACACUUACCCCAUCGACAAUGGGCUCUACGAGCCGGACGUUACCGCUCGUGGCCUCGACGUUCACGACUGGGGCCGUGUAACCGCCCCUUCGGAGCUCACCAUCAGGUGGCACCGUCCUUCUGAGGCCGAGAUUCUCUUCGCCGUUCAGCUGUUUGAGAGUCAGGCGAAGAGCGCCUCCAAGAGGCUCGAGCAGCUAAUCAGCGAUGACCCGCCGGUUAGCCGGAAAGGGAAAAACAAAGAGUGGUCUGACGAGCUGUCACGGAGCCUGACUGCUCUUCGGCUGAUCAUUUCUGGCGUCGCCACGCUGUUCGACCCGAUCUGCGCCUCUGGAGAGCGGCACGGCCGGCCCGCAAACGGGGACAGCAAAGCCGGUGGAGACGGCGACGUGAUGAUGGAGGAGGAUGACGAUCCUCUCGCCGAGGUUGCCGACGAUGACGAGCUCAAACGGCAAUUUCACUAUCCGGCUGGGUAUUUGUUGCGUCCGCAGGAUCCGGUGUACCACCGUAUCCACGCUCUGCGGGAGGACAUCGGCAGGCUGCUCUCGAGAACACACGCCUUCCUGAAUGCGAACCAGGAGGACGACGUGGCAUGCUUCACCGCAUUGUAUGCAGCGUACAGGACGUGGAUCACGGACGUGGGCAUCGAACGCUCGGCUCAUCCGCUCGAGCGUCUGGUACGGUUGUACAAGGCUGACAUCUCCCCCUUCAAGAUCAGCGGGCUCCGCAAGGUGUACCCGCGGCCGCUGCUGAUCAAGCGCGCGGACGCUUACCAGCUGCAGCGGGUCAAGUACAACGCGGCUUACCGCAAGAAGAGCGAGCUGGACAAGCGGUUGCUGCUCGACCUAGCCGAGUCGUGUACAUCCUCGUACUCGGACGUGCGGCGGGUGGCCCAGGGCGCCCAAGACUCGUCCCUCAAGGUGCUCCUCGGAGGCCGGCCGCUGGUCAUCCCCGUGGUUCUGGACAGGCUGCGCAAGGCGCUUGAAGAGAACGAUCAUGACCGCAUCAAGGGGGCUAUGUAUACCCUGCUGUUCACGACGCUGAUCAAGACGGCCAUGCGCGACUGGCGGUUUGCGCCAGACUUGAUGCGGCUUUAUAUCCAGACUGCCAGCGUCGACAAGGAGUCGGUCCAGAACCUCCUGUCGUCGGCCGUUUAUCCUCUGUUGGAUUUCGGAAAACCCCUGGAGCGCAUGAUCAUCUUCGACAGGGACAUCGUCGAGACGAUCCGGCCCACUGAGGAUUGCUCGGCAGCUAUCAAGCGCCGGCACGACUUCAUCAAGGAACGCCGCACUAAGGUUGAGGCGAAGAAGGCGUCGUUGGGUCUUGAAAUAACGAAGAAGGCACGCGAGUCCCACUGGAAGGUCGCAAACCGCUGCAUCACCUUUGCCGCGAACCUGUCGCUUCGGUUCGAAACCCUUGCCAACCCGGAGUUCAUCGAUCUCAUUGCCCACGGGACCAACGAUCAGCACCCCAACCUGCGGUCGAACUAUCUGACCUCGUUUUCGACCAUCUUCACCGCCAUCGAUAUGCGGGCUGUCUACGGCCACGAGUACAGAAACUACCUGCUCGAGGCAGAGAAGGAGGAGAACAGGUUCCAAGUCCCGGUGCCGACGGACGAUCCGCAUCUGACCGAGAAGUUCCUCGCACAGUUCGAAAAUUACGACGAGGUCGAGUACUUUGUCGACAAUGACUACCCGGGCUGGCUGGCCUGGGGGAAGCAAUUCACGGUCUUCCGCGCCUACCCCAAGCCGUUCCUGGCCUACGACGAGGUCGAGGAGGCCGUGCGCGAGCAGAUAGGGAAGAUCAUCACCAGGGACUGGUUGAAGGCGUGCUUCGAUUACCUGAAGCAGGAGCCUCGAGACUCCGGAGUCGACCGCUUCCGCAUGCAGAACUUCAUCCUCCUCAUGAACGUGUUCGACCUGAUGCACUACGGCAAGACAGCCGCUACGUUGGACGACGUCGUCGAGCUGGUCCAGGAGGUGUACGGUGACGGCAGCGAUAAGCACCAGCACCGCGCCACGGCUGAGAUUCUCGGCGCUCUGCUUUCCGGCAGCGCCGACGACCCGAGGGAGAUGCGAGACCGGGUCUGGAAGUUCGCGGCGCCGAUGAUGCUCAAGAUCAUAGCAAAUGACCUGACCCCGGACAACGUGGGCUACUGGAUGACAUGCUUGCACGUCAUAAUCGAUACCAAGGAUCCCAGGCGGUCGCGAGAGCUGACCGAGGCGCUGGCGUCAUUCCGGCUGGACAUGAACUCGAACGCCGCGUUUAAGGAGUCGGUAAAGAUUCAGCUCGUCGAGUUCAUCAUUAACGAUGCCGGCUGGCAUUUCCGUCAGGAGAAGCCGAUCCUCGAGGACUGCCUCGCGCACCUCGACCACCCGUACAAGUCGGUCCGCGAGGCACUCGGUCGCCUCAUCGCCACCAUCUACCGGACCCGGUACCACGAGUCAUUCAAGGACGUGUCGACACUGCUCGAGCAGAACAAGGCCGAGUCGCCGAUCGGAAUCCGGCCGUACCAGCCUUCGGCCGAGUUCUCGGCCACCAUCCAAAGCGUCUUCGCGCGCCUCGAGCAGUGGCGGCGCGAGCGCACGCCGGGCCAGCAGACGCCCUCCAGCUACACGUCGGGCUCCAAGACGGUGCUGAUCUGGCUCGACACGAUGCUCUCGUCGCAGGAGUGCACGCAGCUCGUGCCCUUCUUCCCCGACCCUUUCAUCGACCAGCUGCUGCACAUGAUGGACGUCAAGGAAGACCCGGAGCUGAUGAAGCUCGCGUACCACGUGUACCGGCACCUGCCCAACAUCCCGUUCCGGUCGGGCGAGGACGAUGCCUUCAUCGAGGCGCUCAUCCGUGUCGGCAAGACGGCCUCGUCGUGGCACCAGCGCCUGCGCGCGCUCGUCAACAUGCAGGUCGUCUACUUCCGCCGCCUGUUCCUCACGCAGCCGCGCCAGCGCCAGAUGCUCUUCGACGCCGUGGGCGACAUGCUGGCGGACCCGCAGCUCGAGGUGCGCGACUGCGCCAGCGCCACCCUCGCCGGCAUGAUCCGCUGCUCGCCCGCGGCCAUCCGCAACCCGGUCAUCUACCAGCUCAAGGACCGCUUCGAGCGCCAGCUGCGCCUCAACCCCAUGCCCAAGAAGAAGGUGCCGGGUACCGACACGCCCGUCGACGCGCAGCGCCAGAUCGUCCGCCGCCACGCCGCCGUCCUCGGCCUCGGCGCCCUCAUCGAGGCGUUCCCCUACGCCACCCCGCCCCCGCGCUGGAUGCCCGAGGUCCUCGCCCACCUGGCCACCCGCGCGGCCAAUGACCCCGGCGUGGUCGGCAAGGCGACCAAGGCCAUCUUGGCCGAGUUCAAGAAGACCAGGCAGGAUAGUUGGGGGGUUGAUCAGAAGUACUUCACGACCGAGCAGCUGGAGGAUCUGGAGGGCGUGCUCUGGAAGAGCUACUUUGCUUGAUACGGCUUUGGAUGGAUGAACGCGGUUUGCCUUUGUUGCGCGGUUUUGAUGAUGGGCUAGGAAGGGAGCUGGUACAGUCACGGACGGGGGUCACGCACCGGCUGAGCGCGGUUAUGGUAUUGGUUAUUGGUAUGGGUAUUGUACGGGGGGAGUGGAAUCAGCAAGGAAGGGAGCAUUGACGCGUCACCGUUUGUUUUCUUUGUGUUGUAUUGCUCAGAAAAGCAUGGCCACGAGGGCAUUUCUGUACGGACAGCAUUUGGUUCUUUUGAUCAUUUCACUUCAUUGCGUUGCAUUGGCUGUUCGGGGUUCAGAAGGGGGAAGCGGGUUUG